AUGGCUCCCACUAAAGGGAAAUCAUCUUCUAGUCGACGAAGAAAGAAAGAGGUGAAAAUAUCGGACAAACCAGCUCCCAAAUUUGAUGCCUUUGAGGUCACGGAUCGACUUGAUAGUGGCGAGAUCGUAACAAGAACGGAAGCACCGAAGGUUGGAAUUCAUUCACUAGCAUGGGCAUAUAGUAUAGAACCUCAGCCAGGAACUAUACUAUCUCUUCCGUAUGAAAUACGCGAAAUCAUAUACUGCUACUACUUCAGGGGGCGUUACAGCCCCGGUAUACAGCCUGUAAAGUCGGGUCGCCACUUCAUUAAUUACGAUGUUGACGGGUCAGAAAAUGGCAUUACCUCAGUUUAUGGCGCCUUCAUCUUGGUCUCAAAACAAUUUUAUCUCGACCACAUCUAUUCCUUUUACAACAACAUCGUUUUCCUCUUUAGCAGCCUCCAUGCUUUCCAAUCCUACAUUCAGGUCAUUCACCCACUGAAGGUCGAUCGGAUCUCCCGAUUGUCGAUCAAAGUUGUAGCAACAGCAAAGUCGAAUCCCUUUUCACCUACGUUCUUCCGCAACAUUUUGGGCUUGAAAUCUUUGAGGAAAUUGAAUAUUAUUGUGUUAUGCGAUAGCACAACUUGGGAACCGGUCACGCCUGAUGAUGCUGCGGACCCCUUUCGUGCUCGGUGGCGACACGUUGAGGAAUCAUAUUUCCACAGGUGGAAGAGAGUGAGAUGGGAGCAACUUCGGCAGCUUGGAAAGCUGAAAGAUGUGGGCUUUGAUUUCGAAAUAAGAAAUCCCGAAGUAUUGGGCAUGAGUCCGGUCAAUACUUGGCACCAUGCUGAGGCCGUGAUCUCCACUAAAGUUUCAUGGAGGACGCGUUUUGUUAGCACAGUUGCAGGAAUUGUAUGGCCACAUGGUCAAUGGCAAGUUAGUGGGCUCUACACAACUUGGAUGGCAUUGGUAUCCCCAGUAUGCGACGACCCAGAAUGUGCGUGUAGAAGAAGCGUUCUAACAGGUGAAGGUCGGUAG